AGCGACCGGGAGGAGCCGGAGGAGCAGCGCCAGGGGCGGCGGCGGCAGCGGCGCUCCCUUCCCCCGCCCCGGUUCCCGCCCGCCCUCCGCCGGGGCCGCCGCCGGCCCUGCGCGGCGCCGUUGUUGGAUGUGGGAGAGGAUGGAGGCCAAGACGGUGGUUUACGACCUGGACACGUCCGGGGGGCUGAUGGAGCAAAUCCAGGCGCUGCUGGCGCCUCCCCGGAGCGACGACGGCGCCGGCGCGGGAGGCAGCGAGAAGCGGAGCCGCCGGCCGGACCGCGAGCAGCGCCGGAGCGGCCGCGCCACCAACCACGACAGCUGCGACAGCUGCAAGGAAGGCGGCGACCUGCUCUGCUGCGACCACUGCCCCGCCGCCUUCCACCUCCAAUGCUGUAAUCCUCCGCUGAGCGAGGAGAUGUUGCCUCCCGGGGAGUGGAUGUGCCAUCGCUGUACCGUGCGCCGGAAGAAGCGGGAGCAGAAGAAGGAGCUGGGCCAUGUCAAUGGCUUGGUGGAGAAAUCCGGCAAGAGGACCACGUCCCCCACCAGCGACACAGCGGACUUCUUGGACCGGGCAAGCGGCGGCGUCCUCCGGACCCUCUCCCACACCCGGCUCCUAGAGCGGAGGGCCAGCCGGCCCGGCACGCCCACCUCCAGCGCCAGCACUGAGACCCCCAACUCAGAGCAGAACGACGUGGACGAGGACAUCAUCGACGUGGACGAUGACUCUGCCACCGCAGCAGAGGCAGACGGUGGGCAGACCCAUCUGAAGCGGCCCUUUGAGCUGCUCAUCGCCGCCGCCAUGGAGAGGAACCCCACCCAGUUCCAGCUGCCCAACGAACUGACCUGCACCACCGCACUUCCAGGUACUAGUAAGAGGAGGAGGAAGGAGGAGACGACUGGGAAGAACGUCAAGAAAGCACAGCACGAAUUGGACCACAACGGGUUGGUCCCCCUCCCGGUCAAAGUCUGCUUCACGUGCAGCAGGAGUUGCCGCGUGGCCCCGCUCAUCCAGUGCGACUACUGCCCGCUGCUCUUCCACAUGGACUGCCUGGAGCCUCCUCUCACGGCCAUGCCCCUGGGCAGGUGGAUGUGUCCCAACCACAUUGAGCACGUGGUGCUGAACCAGAAGAACAUGACCCUGAGCAACCGGUGCCGAGUGUUUGACCGCUUCCAGGACACCAUCUCCCAGCAUGUGGUCAAGGUGGACUUCCUCAACCGGGUCCACAAGAAGCACCCCCCCAACCGCCGCGUGGUGCAGUCCAUGAAGAGGAAGGGGCUGAAGGUUCCUGAUGCCAUCAAGUCCCAGUAUCGGAUCCCGCCCUCGCUGCUGGCCCCUGCGGCGAUCAGAGACGGGGAGCUCAUCUGCAACGGGGUCCCUGAGGAGCCCUCGCUGAAGCACCUUUGCAGCCCGGAGCACUUAGCCACCCAGUCAGAGCAGCAAGAGUGGCUGUGCAGCGUCGUCGCUCUGCAGUGCAGCAUAUUGAGACACUUAUCUGCCAAGCAGAUGCCCUCGCUCUGGGACUCUGAGCAGGUGGACAAGGCGGACGUCAAGCCGGUGAUCGUGGCCGACGGCUCCCUGGCCGGCCCUUACCAGGUGGCGGACAAAGCCAGCCUCCCUCCCCUCUAUUCGGCGCCCUGCCCACCUGGCAUUGCCCCCCAGAACUCCUUGGGGUCUUCCCUGCAGGAGGAUGCCCACUACCCCUCGUGUACGGACAGGCCCAAGAAAGUGUCUCCCUGCAGCGGGACGUCCAAUGGCCCCAACGCCCCCGCAGAGGUGAAAAUCAACGGGCCGCAUUUAUAUGGCGAUGCUGCUUCCGCCAACUUGACUGACUCCCCGAGGCUUGGUGGCCAGGGCAGCGGUGCCCUCCCAGGGUUGUCCCAGCGGCAGCAGCCGUGGCCCCGGCCUGCCACCCCACCGGUAGCCUGCGGGCUCCUCAAUCACAUGGUGGCGGGGGCUGUCGUGAAGACUGAGAACGCGGUGGGGCCAGUCUCGUGCACACACAGGGGCUCCGUGCCAACGGCAGGCAUGCCGGCCUCCAUCCCAACUUGCGUCAGCCUGGAAGCUGCCAGCACUCUGCAGAGGAAGAAUGUGCAGACGCAGGUUGGGCCUCUGCUGGCCUCGGACCUGGGGGCGAUGGACUCUCCUCUCACUGCCACCCGGGCGCUCACCCCUCCCCAAGCGGCAGCGGUGGGUGACGGGGUCUCUGCCAUCGGAGCUGCUCAUGGCUUUUGCUCACCAGCACCGCCUCCAGACGGUAAGGUCAGCCCGAGCACCUUAUCCAUAGGAAGUAUCUUAACCACCCCCUCGUUGCUCCCUCCCAACUCUUCAGCCACGCUGGACCUCGCAAGUUCCCUGAAAGCAUUAAUGGACAGCAGCGGAGAGAUUGAGAUAAACAUGCUGGAUGAGAAACUGAUCAAGUUCCUGGCCUUGCAAAGAAUACAUCAGCUGUUUGCUUCCAGGGUCCAGCCCUUUGCAGGCAACGCUGGUCCCCACCAGCCCAGUCCUGGGGGGAAUCAUGCAGAAGGGCAGAGGAAGGAGGUGCAGGCCCGAGCCGUCUUCUACCCUCUGCUGGGGAUGGGCAGUGCGGUGAACAUGUGCUACAGGACCCUCUACAUUGGGACAGGAGCUGACAUGGACGUGUGCCUUACAAACUACGGUCACUGCAACUACGUCUCGGGCAAGCAUGCCUGCAUCUUCUACGACGAGAACACCAAGCACUACGAGCUGCUCAACUACAGCGAGCACGGCACAACGGUGGACAACGUCCUGUAUUCAUGCGACUUCUCCGAGAAGACGGCGCUCGUCCCGGCCAGCAGCAUGGUUGCCAAAGUACAGAGUGUGAUCAAGCGGCACAAGAGCCGAAAGCAGCAGCAGCAGCAACAGCUGCAGCCGCCCCCCCCUGAAGAGGAGCAGCCACCAAGCGAAGAGGCGGCAGUGAUGCGGUCCCAGGCCCAGGGCCUGUCCCCCAAGCCCUGCAACUGCAAAGCCAGCAGCUCCAGCCUCAUUGGGGGCAGCGGGGCUGGCUGGGAGGGGACGGCCCUCCUGCACCACGGCAGCUACAUCAAGCUGGGCUGCCUGCAGUUCGUCUUCAGCAUCACAGAGUUCGCGACCAAACAGCCCAGGGGAGGAGAUGCCGGCGCGGCCUUAGCACAAGAGAGGGACUUGGAGGAGAAGCUGUCCCCAAAGGCCCAGCAGGUCCCUGUGCUGCGCUCCAAUUCAGUGCCCUAGGAGGAGGCAGCGACCGGGGGGGGGGGGGGUCGGACAAGGAAAAAUAAACCCUCCCUCCCAAGAUGAAGAGACUCUUGCACAGACACACCCCUUUGAUGUACACGAACCAUGUCUUGUCCGGAUUCCCAACCCUCAACAUGGGCCACAGACUGUUGACGCCCUUUGCAUGAGAUGAAGAACUUUUAAUUUUUAUUAUUAUUAUUAAUUAUUAUUAUUAUUAUUAUUACUAUUGUUUGCUCAAGUUUUUAGGGGCAUUUGCACAUAUAUUUGUACUAUACAUUUCAUUUAAAAAAGAGAAGAAAAGGAAAACUGCAGCGUGUUGGGAGGCCGUGCUGGGGCAAAGCCAGCAAGAGGGGGCCGGGAGGGGAGGGGAGGGGGUCGUUGACGUUGCCACCCAGGCAAGCCUGCUCCCCUUUGCAGUUGUAAAAUAAUCCUCCCAAAAAAACCUGUUCUAUUUUGUGCCAGUGACAAUAGUUUUUAUAUUAAAGAGAAAAAGAGAAAUACAGUUUUCAUACAGCAAAAAUCUA